UCCUGUUCCUUAAACACGGAUCCGUAGUGACAGCAAAAUAACAAUACAUUCUCUCAACUAUCCCUUUCCUCCCUAAAAUGUCUAAACUACAGCAGAUCAAUGUAUUUCUCAACGAAAAAUUAACAGCAGUUCCUUUGGAGAUAUCCGUGUUAGUAAAAAAAACGAUCGCAGAGCACCAGGAAGAAAUCUCCCGUUUGAAACGGGCGAAUGCACGUCUACGAAGACUGCUGGAUUUGGUUUUCAAACCAGAGAUAAAGUUGCAUAGAUUAGCAGACCUCCAGCUGCUCACUCUCACUGAAGAGGAGGUUAACCCUGAGCAGCAGCACUGUGAGCAGGAAUGGAGCGCCAAUCUGGGGCUGCAGGAGUCUGAUGCUGAAGAGUCUAUGUGGAACUCUAUCAAUAUAACUGUAGAGAACCGGACAAAAUCUGAUGGCGAGAGCUACAGCGAGUCCGAAUCAACCAGUGACUAUGAGCCCCCCUCUGACAGUGACAACAGUGAAAGUGAUCAUGUAAAUAUGGACAAUAGAAUACGAUUGUCAGGGUUAAAGCCUCUUAAAUCAAAGCGAGGAAGAGGACGGCCAAGGAAAGAAACUGGGGCGUUGCCUGAUUUAAAAUGUGAUGUGUGCAUAAAAUGUUUUGCGACAGCAAGUGGUCUGAGAAGGCAUCUGCGAAAUUGGCACAGUGAAGAGAGACCAAUAGGACUGCCAAGGAAAGAAACCAGUGAGUUGUCGGAUCUGAAAUGUAACGUUUGCGGAAAAUGCUUGGCGACGGCACGUAGUCUGAAAAGGCAUCUGCAACUCAGGCACAGCGAAGAGAGACCAUACAUGUGCGACACAUGUGGACAAUGUUUCGCCUUGAACCGCUAUCUGAUCCGGCACAUGAAGAUUCAUGCUGAUGAGAGACAACAUUGCUGCACCAAAUGUGGCAAACGUUUCUUUCACAAAGAAAGUCUGAAAAAUCAUAUGGUUAAUAUUCACGCAGGGCUGGUUUUUAAAUGUGAUUUGUGUGGAAAAUGCUUGUCAACAAAAGGUCGUCUGAAACUGCAUCGGCAAAAUCACACUGGGGAGAAAUCCCAUCCUUGCAAAGAAUGUGACAAAGCCUUCGACUGCGAGUCUGGCUUGAUAAAGCAUAUGAGGACUCACACUGGGGAGAAACCAUUUCAGUGUAAAGAAUGUGGCAAAUGUUUCGGCGAGAAGGGAAGCCUGACAAAGCAUAUGAUGACUCACACACAGGAGAAACCACAUCGCUGCAACGAAUGUGGCAGAUGCUUCAAUCUAAAGGGAAACCUGACCGUGCAUAUGAGGACACAUACGGGGGAGGGAGUUCAAUGCCAUUUGUGUGGAACUUAUUUGAAGUUAGCAUCAAGUCUGAAGAGACAUCUGCGAACUCACAGAAGAAGUAUUCACAAAGACUGAAUGUAGAGGAAGUAUCAAGAGGACAGCUCUCUGAUCACUGCUCUUGGGCACAGUCUGCCAUUUGGAAAUCUGUUCAAUGGUCAUUUUAAGAGAUGUUACACUUUCAAGUUCAAGUUUGUCAGAUGUCACGGAGCUAGGUCAGUCCGUGCCUGCGUUCUGACUUGUCAUAUUGAAACGGUUUAGGCCUAUUGGCUUAUGAAAUGAAUGUAUUAAAUGUUGUGAGGAGAAACGCAUGUUAGUUUGUUGUCAGAUGCCAACAUUCAAUUGGUUUUGGGCACGCCAAAUAUUUGCUUGAAGCUCUGCUAAUUUACUUUGUCUAGUCAUGCUUUUGCUUAUUCAUUUUACCAUUCAAAUGCACAUGUUUUGGUUAUGUUAAAGGUAGAAAUUGUUUGCAAACUUAACCUGGUAAGGGUAAUUUGAAAGGAGAAUAGUUUGUUCCGCUCUGUCAUGCUCCCAGCCUGGUCUCAUAGACUAGACGUAUUAUAGUAAACGUAACUCCUAAGCCAGCUAGCUAACAUUAGCUGCCUAGCUAAAGUUAGCCACACAAAAUUUGAAUUUGUAACGCAUAGAUUUUUGCAAAUUCAUAACAUAUUGUACAUUUUAGCAAAUUCUCAUAUUACACAAAAUGUAUGAUGGACAUCCACAAAUCAAUACAUACCAUGCGCAACGUAACAUACUAAAUGGAGUGUUGCGGAUUUACAUACAGAAUAUUACAAAAUGCUCAAAGACCAGGCUGAUGAUCCACUGCAUCUGGAGGUGUGUCCAACAGAGAAGCGCAACUUACCCUGUGUUACUGGGUUCUGUAAUGUGGUUGAAUCCCAGGGGGGGUGGAGAAAUGUUACACAAAUCUAUUAUAUGCUUUAUGCAAACACGGUUAUUGAAGUGUGUGUGUAUUUAUGAAUUGUCAAUGUGAUUACCUUCUUAUGGUUAUUGAUCAUUUCAUUUAUGUAUUUUGACCAUUAAUUGUGAUCGAUCAAAAGUGGUACAUUCCAAGGUGAGGCUUGAGGGACUUGUACUUAAACCUUGCCAUUUCAUUGUUGGCCAGACAGAGACAGGGCUAAGGUUCCAUGCUGGCCGUAGGGGACGCACUUUUCACGACACUUUGAUACAAAGUGAUUUUCGUAGCGGGUUAGGAGAGCAUUUUCUCUAACCCUAACUCUUUCCCUAACCUUAACCUCAAUCUCCUAACCUGCUGCGGAAAAGUCACGUCAGUGUCGUAAAAAGUUUUUUCCCGCUUGCAUAAACCAGGCAUGAUGGAGGCCUGGUUUAUUUUGAGCUCUCCACUUAUUUGAUUUGCCCCCAGUUUGUUUCCUCGGCUUGUUAUUUUCCGUUGUAUAUAUGUAAAGAGUGUACAGUUUGCCAACUACUCUACUUCACUGUAAAUAAACAUCCGCCCCUGGACAUUG